CGUCGCAGCCGCAGUGAUCCACAUUCCACCCGCACCUGCGCUUCCCAAACCUCCCCUCUCCCCCAGCCUCCGCCCCACUUCCUUCUCCUCCAGCAGCACGCGAUCCUCCGGCUCGUACAGGCGCGCACGCGGGAUGGCGCCGUCCAAGCAGUACGACGAGGGCGGGCAGCUCCAGCUCAUGGAGGCCGACCGGGUCGAGGAGGAGGAGGAGUGCUUCGAGUCCAUCGACAAGUUGAUCUCGCAGGGAAUAAACUCAGGAGACGUGAAGAAGCUGCAGGAUGCGGGGAUCUACACUUGCAAUGGGCUGAUGAUGCACACCAAGAAGAGCCUUACAGGGAUUAAGGGCUUGUCUGAAGCAAAGGUUGAUAAGAUCUGCGAGGCUGCUGAAAAACUUCUGAGUCAGGGUUUCAUGACAGGAAGUGAUCUCCUUAUUAAGCGAAAGUCUGUUGUCCGGAUUACCACUGGGAGCCAAGCGCUUGAUGAGCUGCUUGGAGGAGGGAUUGAAACACUCUGUAUCACAGAGGCAUUUGGAGAGUUCCGGUCAGGGAAGACCCAGUUGGCUCAUACUCUUUGUGUCUCCACUCAGCUUCCACUCCACAUGCAUGGUGGGAACGGGAAGGUUGCCUACAUUGACACUGAGGGAACAUUCCGGCCUGAACGCAUUGUGCCAAUUGCUGAGAGAUUUGGGAUGGAUGCCAAUGCUGUUCUUGACAAUAUCAUAUACGCUCGCGCAUACACCUAUGAGCACCAGUACAACUUACUCCUGGGCCUUGCUGCCAAGAUGGCCGAAGAGCCUUUCAGGCUUCUGAUCGUGGAUUCUGUGAUUGCGCUAUUCCGUGUUGAUUUCAGUGGUAGGGGUGAACUUGCAGAGCGUCAGCAAAAACUGGCACAAAUGCUGUCCCGCCUUACAAAGAUUGCUGAGGAGUUCAAUGUUGCAGUGUACAUCACCAACCAAGUGAUUGCGGACCCAGGUGGUGGUAUGUUCAUCACUGACCCCAAAAAGCCGGCAGGAGGCCACGUGCUGGCGCAUGCAGCCACCAUCCGGUUGAUGCUGAGGAAAAGCAAAGGCGAGCAGCGUGUCUGCAAGAUCUUUGACGCCCCUAACCUUCCCGAGGGAGAAGCUGUUUUCCAGAUUACAACAGGCGGAUUGAUGGAUGUGAAAGACUGAUUGUUCAUCCAGGGCGCUUCCUGUCUUAAGCUGUUGAUAGUUCUGCUAGCAAAUCGACAAAGGCUACUGCACCGUUACUCUGUUCUUGCCACUGCAGAGAAGAAAUUGGGCAACCUCUAUGCUGUUUAUACCUCCUGUUGGGUGUUCUGUAAGCUUGUAGUAGUAAUGCCUUAAGGAUUUGUGGUGAGGACAAAAGUUAUCUCGCGUGACUCAUCAUAAGACCUUAGCCUGAUGUAGUGGAGAUGUAAGGUUAACAUGUUCUUUGCUUCAGGAAGACACCAAACUGAAGGAUAUGAAAAUGAAAUAGUCUGUCUUAUUCUUUGAA